GGAAGCAUAAAUUUAUAAUAAUUCCUCGCACUGGCAGACGUAUCUUCUUCACCAUAUUCAUCUGCUUCACCAUCAUCAUCUUCAUCUGCUUUUCUAUCUGAAAACUCUCUCUCUUUUUAUUUCAAACAAAGAUUAGAGAGUGACAAUGCAAAGGCUUUUCUCAAAGAGGUCUUUAUGCGCUUCUGUUUUCCGAGGGAAGAGGCAGUGCGCUUCCUUUUCUACGGCUCUACUCUUUGAUGAUACUCAGAUACAGUUCAAAGAAAGUGUUGCUCAAUUCGCGCAAGAAAACAUCGCCCCUCAUGCGUCAAAGAUAGACCAAACGAAUUAUUUCCCAAAGGAGGUUAACUUAUGGAAACUCAUGGGUGAUUUCAACCUCCAUGGAAUCACAGCACCAGAGAAAUAUGGAGGGCUUGGUCUUGGUUACUUGUAUCACUGUAUAGCAAUGGAGGAAAUAAGUCGUGCUUCUGGGUCCGUUGGCCUCUCUUACGGUGCCCAUUCCAACCUGUGCAUUAAUCAGUUGGUGAGGAAUGGAAACCCUGCUCAGAAGGAGAAAUACUUGCCAAAGCUUAUCAGUGGGGAGCAUGUAGGAGCUCUUGCAAUGAGUGAGCCCAAUGCUGGAUCUGAUGUUGUUAGUAUGAAAUGCAAGGCUGACCACGUAGAUGGGGGCUAUAUUAUAAGCGGGAACAAGAUGUGGUGCACCAAUGGCCCAGUUGCCCAGACAUUGGUUGUUUAUGCAAAAACGAACAUCACAGCUGGCUCAAAAGGAAUCACAGCAUUCAUCAUUGAGAAGGGAAUGCCUGGAUUCAGUACUGCUCAGAAACUAGACAAACUUGGGAUGCGAGGAAGUGACACAUGCGAACUUGUCUUUGAGAAUUGCUUUGUUCCAGAAGAAAAUGUUCUUGGGCAGGAAGGAAAAGGAGUCUAUGUCAUGAUGUCAGGGCUAGAUUUGGAGCGGCUUGUUUUGGCAGCUGGACCUCUUGGUAUUAUGCAGGCAUGCCUUGAUGUUGUUCUUCCUUAUGUUCGACAGAGAGAGCAGUUUGGUCGUCCAAUAGGAGAAUUUCAGUUUAUACAGGGUAAGCUUGCAGACAUGUAUACUUCUUUACAGUCCUCAAGGUCCUACGUGUAUUCUGUUGCAAGGGACUGUGACAAUGGAAAAGUUAACCCCAAGGAUUGUGCUGGAGUUAUACUUUGUGCAGCCGAAAGAGCCACCCAAGUGGCUUUGCAGGCUAUACAGUGCCUGGGUGGUAAUGGAUAUGUGAACGAGUAUACAACUGGUCGGCUGCUUCGAGAUGCCAAAUUAUAUGAAAUCGGAGCUGGCACUAGUGAAAUUAGAAGAAUGAUUAUAGGUCGUGAACUCUUCAAGGAGCAGUAGGAGAGAAGCUGUGAAUUUUCGUAGUUGCUGGACUAAAGCUUACCCUAGUGGUCUGUUCCUCAUCCAGGACAAUCAUUUAUGCAGCCCUGCCGUUCGUGUUUCUUUACAGUAAAGCAUGAAAGUUUGCUUCAACCAAAGAAAAAAGUUCACUUAAAGGUGCAUAUGCGCUUAUCGAUUGAUUACAUUGAUGUGAAUAUUUUCACACGAAACAUUUAUAGGACACUAUAAAGGUGAAUCUAUAGAAUUCUCAAAGCCUAAUGUUUUCAGCAAAAACUUUUAUGCUGGCGCCUCAUAUUCCUAUGGAUUCUGUAACCGUCAAUUUCUCAAAAGGAUCUUUAAUGAAAUGCUUGUCGGGUUACACUGA